AUGCCGAGUCUUUGGGCUAGUAACCACCUGGGUGAAGCAGUCGUUGAGCUGAGAGUUGGUACCCUGGACUUCCCGUCGCUCAUGGAGCCUGAUAUACACAUUCACGUGGAGAGUAAGCUGGACUGGGUGACUUUGCCGGAAGGCGCGAAGACGGCGCAAAGAGGCCAUGAUUACAAGACGUCGUGGCCCAAGAGCAGUCUGAAGAGGCUGGAUAUUUGCCUGAAGAGAGCGGAAGAGGUGAAAAGACGGAGGGCUUCUGCGAUGAAGGAGGGUACCCAUGGAACGCGCGAAGAUGUGGAGACUGCGGAUGGUGUCGUGGCAGUGGAGGGAAGUGGAGAGGGCGACAAGACGCCAACAGCAGGAGAUGUUGGGGGCGAUGAGGAUGAUGAGGCCGAGGAACAGAGGUUCAGAGAGACUGAGAAGGUGUUGCUGGAGCGGUUAGAGCGAUUGAGUCUGAAGCUGCAAAAUGAAGAAGGCACAAAGAAAGUGGCGGAGACGUGUCUUGAGGACUCGAAGAAGAGCCCAUAA